AUGUUAUUUUCUGUUUCUCUAUAUAAAACGGUAUUCACUCUCUCAUUCUCUCUCUCUGUCUCUAUUGACAAUAGUAUAAUAUCCAUCAAUGUCGUCCGCCUGAUGGAAGUGUAUAUAAACCAAAGCAUCUAUCGCGUAGUGAGUUCGCCCACAGUCGGCCAGGAGUUCGCGCAGGGAUUUUGGAGUAAUUUGCCACAAAUUCUCGCUGCAAGAGAGCUUUGUUCUUUUAUUUUCUCUUCUGAAUCCAAAAGAAAGACUAACUCACAAAACUUACGAACUUUAACAAUUUAUAUAUCUCAAAUUCUAUCUGAUAAUUCCUAUCUAUCUAUCUAUCUAUCUAUCUAUCUAUCUAUCUAUCUAUCUAUCUAUCUAUCUAUGGCUCUGUUACACCUAUCUAUCUAUCUAUCUAUGGCUCUGUUACACCUAUCUAUCUAUCUAUCUAUCUAUGGCUCUGUUACACCUAUCUAUCUAUCUAUCUAUGGCUCUGUUACACCUAUCUAUCUAUCUAUCUAUGGCUCUGUUACACCUAUCUAUCUAUCUAUGGCUCUGUUACACCUAUCUAUCUAUCUAUGGCUCUGUUACACCCAUCUAUCUAUCUAUGGCUCUGUUACACCUAUCUAUCAUCUAUGGCUAUCUAUCUAUCUAUCUACCCAUUACAUCUAUCUAUCUAUCUAUGGCUCUGUUACACCUAUCUAUCUAUCUAUCUAUGGCUCUAAUUUAGCUUCUUCUUCUCCUUUGCAUACGUCUUCACGUCUAUCUUUUUUGCAUUCUUCUUCACAUUCUUAUUUGCAUACGUCUUCUUCACAUCUAUCUUUUUUGCAUUCAUCUUCACAUUCUUAUUUGCAUACGUCUUAUUUAUAUCUAUCUUUUUUGCAUUCAUCUUCACAUUCUUAUUUGCAUACGUCUUAUUCAUAUCUAUCUUUUUUGCAUUCAUCUUCACAUUCUUAUUUGCAUACGUCUUCUUCACAUCUAUCUUUUUUGCAUUCUUCUUCACAUUCUUAUUUGCAUACGUCUUCUUCACAUCUAUCUUUUUUGCAUUCAUCUUCACAUUCUUAUUUGCAUACGUCGUCUUCACAUCUAUCUUUUUUGCAUUCAUCUUCACAUUCUUAUUUGCAUACGUCUUCUUCACAUCUAUCUUUUUUGCAUUCAUCUUCACAUUCUUUUUUGUAUUCUUCUUUGCAUACGUCUUCUUAUCAUCUAUCUUUUUUGUAUUGUUCUUCACAUUCUUCUUUGUAUUCUUCUUUGCAUGCGUCUUUUUCAUAUGUAUCUUUUUUGCAUUCGUCUUCACAUUCUUAUUUGCCUACGUCUUUUUCACAUCUAUCUUUUUUGCAUUCAUCUUCACAUUCUUUUUUGUAUUCUUCUUUGCAUACGUCUUCUUAUCAUCUAUCUUUUUUGUAUUGUUCUUCGCAUUCUUCUUCGCAUUCUUCUUCACAUUCUUCUUCUUUGCAUUCUUCUUUUCAUAAGUCUUCUUCAUUUUCUCCUUUGCAUUCUUCUUCUUCAAAUUCUUCUUCCUCGCAUUUUUUCUUCGCAUUCUUCUUCUUCGCAUUCUUUUUCUCAUUUUUCUUCUUCUAUUUCUUCUUCGUACUCACAUUCACAUUCUUCUUUUUCUUCUGUGUGCCGGGUCCCCCCAGGACAUAG